AUGGAAAAUGCCGAUCGUCAGAUGGUUCAUGCAAAAAUUCAUGCUAUUCCAAUCGAUGUGUGUCGGAAAAUUUGUACGGGUCAAGUGGUUAUCACAUUAGCAGGUGCAUGUAAAGAACUUAUCGAUAAUUCUUUGGAUGCUCAAGCUAAAACUAUCGAGGUACGAGUUAGGAAGAUGGGAUUUGAAAGGAUGGAAGUAAUCGAUGAUGGUAUUGGCAUUCAUUCGCUCAAUUUCGAUGCUUUAUGUAAACCACAUUCUACAUCGAAAUUGACUAAUUUCGCAGAUUUUAAUCAGCUAACAACAUUUGGUUUCCGUGGUGAAGCUUUAAGUUCAUUGUGUGCCGUAAGUUCUCUCUCUAUCACAACUAGACAUGCAGAUGAAAUUAUGGCAACAAAACUAGAAUUUGAUCACGACGGAUUUAUAAAAUCACGUGAAAAAUGUGCAAGACCUGUUGGUACGACGAUAUCAAUUAACAAUUUGUUUGAGACAUUACCAGUGAGAAGGAAAGAAUUUGAGCGAAGUGUGAAAAAAGCUUUUACUAAACUUUUAAAUGUUGUACAAUCGUUUGCUUUAUCUCGAACAGAUGUACGAUUUGUUGUAAAUAGUUUAAUGGAUGGUAAACAGUACCAAGCAUUGGUAACACCAGGUGGUAAUGCACCAAUUAAAGAUAUCAUUGUGAGUCUUUUUGGUGCUCGUUUUGAAAAAGGUACAAUUCUCGAUAUUAUUCAGCAAGAACCAGAUGAAUCUAUAUGUAGUCUUUAUGGAAUCUCUGAUCAAUCAAAAUUCGAUGACAUUAAAAUCACUGGUUACAUAAGUUCUUGUGUACAUGGACAAGGACGAAGUACUGCUGAUCGACAGUUUAUUUAUUUCAACAAGAGACCGGUUGAUUACUCAAAACUUUGUCGAAUAGCAAAUGAGGUAUAUCAGCAGUACAAUCGUGGUCAAUACUGUAUGCUUAUUCUUUUUAUUGAUGUUCCUCCUGAAAGUAUUGAUGUGAACGUUGCACCGGAUAAACGUUCAGUAUUUUUCGAACGUGAAAAGGAAUUGUUCGCAUUGUUACGUGCUUCAUUGCUGGCAACUUUUGCUCCACAUCUGGGACAUGUCAAUACUUCAAAUCGAUCGACAAAUGGAUGCAUGGAUGAUUCCUUUAUCCAAUUAACUCAAUCAAAUGAUAACGAUGAUUCAUCUAACAUAUGCACAUCAGAUUUUGAAUCAUCUUUUGAGUUAAAAAACACUGAUUCGCUGACAGAUGUCACUUUUGCUAGAGAUAAAUCACGUGGACCAAGUAUAGAUCUUUUAAACAUAAAAGAAACUGUAGAAAAGAGUAGAAAACGGCCUGUUCCAAAGGAUUGUACUGAAAAAUCAGCUUCUAUUCAAAAACGACCUGCACCAAAUUUGUUUGAAAAUCUUGCUUUCAAAGUGAUACCUCAUAAUUCUAAAGAAGAUACUGACAAUAGCUAUGCUACUAGUGAAGAAGGAUCAUCUUCACUAGUUGAUCAAAGAGAAAAUUUUGAUUAUAGGGAAACUUCAUUACGAAAUGUAGUAGCUGGAGCAUCAAAAGAUGAGAAUACCAUAAUAACAUCUCAAGAUGAUCCUGAUUUUCCGAAUCUUAGCGAUGAUGAUGAUGAUAAUGAUAAUGGUGAUGGUGAUGAUGAUAAUGAUAAUGAUGAUAUACUGGUUACAGCUAUAAAAGAUGAUCAAAACUGCAAAUCUACUGUAAAAGAAGAGAAUAAUUGUGGCAUUACACGUCGUUCACAACAGACAAUAUCAUUUUCAAUGUCUGACUUGAAGAAUCAUAUGAACAAAUUACAUCUUAAAACGUCAAAAGUUAUGUCAAAUAUUUGUGAUGAUAAUGAAAGAAUAUUAGAAUCACGUACAGAAUUUCGUGUUGAUAAUCCAGAAAUAGCAGAAAAUGAAUUAGCUGCUUAUAUCACGAAAAAAGAUUUUGAAUGUAUGGAAAUAUUGGGACAGUUUAAUAAAGGUUUUAUUAUUGUACGACUAAAUGAUGAUCUCUUUAUUAUUGAUCAACAUGCUAGCGAUGAGAAAUAUAAUUUUGAACGAUUUCAAAAAAAAGCACGUAUACAAACGCAACAUUUACUCAGUCCACGUGUCUUGGAUCUUGGAGUAGUGAAGGAAGCAAUAUUACGCGAUAAUAUUGAUAUAUUCAAUUACAAUGGAUUUGAAUUUCAAUUUGAUGAUGAAGGACUUGUUGGCAAGCGUGCAUUACUAACCGCAAUACCAGUUUUACAAAGUUGGCAAUUUAGUAUAUCAGAUAUUGAUGAAAUGCUUUCGGUAUUGUGCGAUUUCCCAGGAAUGAUGUAUCGACCAGCAAAAUUGCGGAAACUUUUUGCGUCACGUGCUUGUCGUAAGUCAGUUAUGAUUGGUAGCUCAUUAACAAUGAUACAAAUGCAAAAGAUUGUUCGUCAUCUUGGAACACUUGAUCAUCCAUGGAAUUGUCCUCAUGGACGACCAACGCUUCGACAUCUUUGUGUGCUUAAAUCCAAACCAUCAAAUUGA